AGGUCUAAAAAUCUUCGCACCAGCCUGGACUUCUGAGUCUACACCCAGUUGGCUGAUGGCCACCCCUGCUGUGGUGUGAGGAACUGGACACCGCCACCUAUUCUGUACAUUUACAGACUUCCUGUCAGCCAUAGUAAGCCAGCUGAGGAGUACCUGAAUCAUUUAAUCUCCCAAGAGAUGAGACAAAGCCCCGGUUGAUAUUUUCUUUCCAGGUGAAAUUAUGACCCUGCUGGUAAAGUGAGGUGCCCGCCAAGAAGAUAACGUUCUUGCUGAAGAGCUGUGGUGACCAUUCUGGAGUAGAAGCACAAAAAAUGUCUUGUCUGUCGUUCACCUCUACACCCUGCCUUGAACUCCGCUCUGUCUUUUUUGUUGGACUGCUGCUGCUCGUCCAUCGGGGGCCCUCAGGGGUCAGCUGCCAGAAUGACACAGAGCCGAUUGUGUUGGAGGGAAAGUGUCUGGUGGUGUGUGACUCCACCCCGUCAGCAGAGCCAUCAGGUAAUGCCCUGGGCAUGUCAGUGAGGUCAGGAACUGGUCGGGUGGCAUUUUCAGCCAUUCGUAACACCAACCACGAACCCUCAGAGAUGAGCAACCGAACUAUGACCAUCUACUUUGACCAGAUCUUAGUGAACGUUGGCAGCCAUUUUGAUCCAGCGACAAGCAUCUUUGUGGCACCCAGAAAAGGAGUCUACAGCUUCAGCUUUCAUGUUGUCAAAGUUUACAACCGGCAGACAAUACAAGUGAGUCUGGUGCUCAACGGCUGGCCUGUGAUCUCGGCCUUUGCAGGAGACCAGGAUGUGACCAGGGAAGCUGCCACCAAUGCUGGACUGGUGAUUAUGGAGAGGGGGGAUAAGGCUUACCUCAAACUGGAGCGGGGAAACCUGAUGGGAGGGUGGAAGUACUCCACCUUCUCUGGGUUUCUGGUGUUCCCCUUGUAGGGUUGGCUGAGGUAGGAUGAAGAGAGCUGAUGUUCUUGUCAUAGUCAAAGGUGUGGAGAGGUGGGUGGGUGUAACAUAAAAAGUACUUUGUAACUUUUAAAGCCAUUGACACAAAGGAGGAGGAAUUAACUGAUACAUCAAACUGCACUGAUGCAUCUUGAUGUGUAUCGAUGAAUUGGUGAAUUCACUCUGCACCCAAAAAUCUUGGAUGUAUUUUCCAUUUCCAUCGCACUUUUAUGGCUUAU